UUUUCCCUUGGUAACCAUUUUCCCUGGUUACUUCUUUGGCUGAUUUUCCACACAAAGAACUGAAAGGCGUUUAUCCCAAGGGAAGCAGUUCUUUUAGAUUUUACUAAGAAGUCAGCUAAUACUUUCAACAUUCCCUUCUCUUCUUUGUUUUUAAAGAAAGUUCUGGUUUUGUUUCACUUUCAUCGGGAGACUUAAAUGACACCAAGCAAAGCUACUUAGUUUAGAUUUCCAGGCCUACCACCAACUUUACUGGAGCUUCAUUUAGAUUUUAAUAAAAUUUCAACUGUGGAACUUGAAGAUUUUAAACAAUACAAGGAACUGCAAAGAAGUUCAUUGGUGAAAAAAAAAUCAAACAUGAAGCGAGCAAUAUUGUUUUGUCUCAUUCUGCUUAUUGCUUUUCAAACUGAUUGUGAACGAAGUACUAGGAGGCAAAGGAGAAGGGUGCAUCAGAGAAGACUCGGGAAAAGCUCUUCAUUCCACCUCAGAGCCAACAGGCAGCUUGAAGUUCAGCAAACCACUGCUGUACCAGAUGCUAGAUUAUCCACUGCCAACUCUGAUUACAGUGUGGAAGAAAACAUAGAAUCACUUCUAAGUAAUCUUGGAGUAGAAUCAAGUUACAGUGUGUUACCAGGAAAAAAAGGACACUGCUUUGUAAAGGGCAUGAUCAUGUACAACAGAGCUGUCUGGUCUCCUGAGCCCUGCACCACCUGCCUCUGCUCAAAUGGAAGAGUGCUUUGUGAGGAAACGGAGUGCCACCCUAAGGCAUGCCCACAUACCAUUAAACCGGAAGGAGAGUGCUGCCCCAUCUGCUUUGACACUGAACAACAAGAAUCCAUUAACAAACUUCACAAGCAAGUGCCACCUCCUCAGAUGGAAAUGGACCAAGUAGCCAUAAAAGAAGCUCUUCAAUCUGAGGAGGAUGAAGAGGUAGUUAAAGGACACAAGGAGCACAAGAAAGAGACCACGGUGCCUACUAAGCUUCAUGGAGAUGGGGAGAGAACUGAGGGAAAGCUGAGGGCGGAGGAAGAAGGGAGGUCAGCACAUCAACCACUCUACCAUGGAAGAAGGGAGGAAGAGGACAGUGAGGAGGAGACUGAGAGGGAAGGAGAGGAGGAAGAGGAAGAAGAGGAAGAAGAGGAUGCCACAAGAGGAGAUGUGUUCAGAAUGUCCUCCCGGUUAAUUCCUGGAACCCCAAGAGGCAGGCCACGCCUGCCCAGAAGCUGUUCCCUGUCCUACAGGACUAUCAGCUGUAUCCAUGCAGACUUCACCGAGAUCCCACCAAUAACAGCACCCGAAGUAACGAGCCUGGAGCUGGUUGGGAAUUCAAUCAGCUCCAUUCCGAAUGAGGCAUUUAAUGGAUUACCAAAUUUGGAAAGACUUGAUCUGAGCAGAAAUAAUAUCACUUCUUCGGGCAUAGGUCCACAAGCAUUCAAGUCUUUGAAGAAGUUAAUGCGUCUGAACAUGGAUGGAAAUAAUUUGGUACAUAUUCCUUCAGAGUUACCAACGACACUAGAAGAACUUAAAAUAAAUGACAACAAUCUCCAGGCUAUCGAUGAGAAAAGUUUAUCAGACUUAAAUCAACUUGUCACUUUAGAAUUGGAAGGAAACAAUCUCAGCGAAAUCAAUGUCAACCCUCUAGCUUUCAAAUCUUUGAAGAGCCUAUCGUAUCUACGUCUGGGAAAAAACAAGUUUAGAAUCAUACCACAAGGUCUCCCAGCUUCUAUUGAGGAGUUAUACCUAGAAAAUAAUCAAAUUGAAGAAAUAACUGAAAUUUGUUUCAAUCAUACCAGAAAGAUAACUAUGAUUGUACUACGUUAUAAUAAAAUAGAAGAAAGUCGGAUUGCUCCUUUAGCAUGGAUAAAUCAAGAAAAUCUUGAAUCUAUCGACCUGUCCUAUAACAAGCUCUACCACGUCCCCUCCUACCUACCCAGAUCUCUUCUGCACCUUGUCCUAAUUGGGAACCAAAUUGAUCGGAUACCUGGCUAUGUGUUUGGCCACAUGGAGCCAGGCCUGGAGUACUUGUACAUGUCAUUUAACAGACUUUCUGAUGAUAGUGUGGACCUAGUCUCAUUCUAUGGAGCAUAUCAUUCUCUGAGAGAAUUAUUUCUGGAUCACAAUGACUUCAAAUCCAUACCACCUGGAAUACAUGAAAUGAAAGCACUGCAUUUUCUGAGGCUGAACAACAAUAAGAUCCGGAAUAUUCUUCCUGAACAAAUCUGCAAUGUUGAAGAGGAUGAGGACUCAGCUCUCGAACAUCUUCAUCUUGAAAACAAUUAUAUUAGAACUAGAGAGAUAUCAUCCUAUGCAUUUUCAUGCAUAAGACUGUAUUCAAGUAUUGUUCUUAAACCACAACGCAUCAAGUAAUUUCAAGUUUCCCUCUGCCAUUUAUAAAUUUUACCCAAGCAUUAACAAAAUUACAU